AUGAAGACGGACUACUCUUUGGAGAAGAGCGCUACACGAAGAGUCUCCUUUGAGAAUGGCUGCAGAUUUCGUGCUGGAUCUAUGGCCUCCAACGUAGAAGAUACUGAUUUGGAAAACAGCAAAAAAGCCAAAUCUUCCCUGUUCGGAAAAUACCACCAGAGCAUUCAGACCCUCAAACCCUUCCGCUGCUCCUCAUCACAUUCCCACCCUGUGGACAAUGCAGGCUUCCUGUCCUUUACAACCUUUGCCUGGAUGACCCCCAUGAUGUGGAGCAUGUUCAGGGAUAAGCUGGACAUGAACUCUCUCAGCCUGUCUCCUUUGGACGCAGCUGACACCAGCGGAAACAGGCUCCACAGACUCUGGGAGGAAGAAGUGGCGAAGGUGGGCCUGGAGAAGGCCUCUUUGGUCCGAGUCAUCCUUCGCUUUCAAAGGACCAGGCUGAUUUUUUCCGUCAUUAUUGGUAUCCUCUCCAUGAUGGCAGCAUUUCUCGGCCCGGCUGUUCUGGUGUAUCAGAUCCUAAACUAUGUGGAUGACCCCGGGGCGUCCUCGGUGUCCCAUGGUGUCGGUCUGGCCUUCGGUUUGUUCACCACGGAGUUCAGCAAAGCCUUCCUAAUAUCGCUGUUGUGGGCGAUAAACCUGCGCACUGCGGUCAGGCUGAAGGGCGCCUUCUCCUCAGCGGCCUUUCAGAAAGUGAUCUCUCUGCGGGUGCACAGCGGCAUUUCAAUGGGAGAGAUGAUUAAUGUUUUGACCAAUGAUGGCCACAGGUUAUUUGAGGCGGUCCUGUUUGGGAGCUUUUUGCUGUCUGCACCGGUCCUCUUGAUUGUGUGUAUCAUCUACAGCAACUUUGUUCUGGGCUACACAGCAAUGACUGGAGUCGGCACCUACCUCGUCUUCGUCCCCGUGCAGUUUUUCUUAGCCAAGCUCAUUAACAAAUUCAGAUGGAAAGCCAUAGUGAUAACAGACAGCCGUGUGCGCACAAUGAAUGAGAUUCUCAGCAGCAUCAAACUUAUCAAGAUGUACGCCUGGGAGGACUCCUUUGAGAAGAAGAUUGCAAGCUUGAGGAAGACUGAGGCGAAAGAACUGCGGCGGGUCAGUUAUGUCCAGAAUUUGAACACCAGCAUCACCAGCAUCAUCCCCACCAUUGCCACGGUUAUCACCUUCGUCGUUCACACUCUGCUGGGCUUGAGUCUCAACACGUCUGAUGCCUUUACCACCAUUGCCAUCUUCAACUCCAUGAGGUUCUUCCUGGCUCUGAUGCCCCUGUCUGUGAAGGCCCUGGCUGAGGCUCUUGUGUCACUAUCUCGCCUGAGGAAAAUACUGGUGAUCCAGAAUCCAGAGCCCUACCUGACACAGAAGACUGACAGUGAGUUGGCCAUAGUGAUGAAAAACGCAACGCUGUCCUGGACCAAACCAGAGAGCCAGACACAAUCACCGGCCAGCACAGCCAAUGGGAUGAACGGACACAAAGGGGACGACAUGUGCCAGAAAGAGGAGACUGAAGCUUUGCCAACCCUGAGAAACAUCUCCUUCACUCUGCCUAAGGGCAAGCUGCUUGGUGUCUGUGGGAAUGUGGGGAGUGGGAAGACGUCACUGAUUUCCAGCAUUUUGGAACAGAUGCACCUCCUGCAGGGUUCCAUCACAGCUGAUGGGACAUUUGCCUACGUUUCCCAGCUGGCCUGGAUAUUUCAUGGAACCGUUAAAGAAAACAUCCUGAUGGGGGAACCAUUUGAUGAGGACAAAUACAACCGAGUUGUGGAUGUCUGUAGCCUCAGACCUGACCUGACAGUCCUCCCAUACGGUGAUCAGACGGAGAUUGGAGAGCGGGGGCUGAAUCUGUCAGGGGGGCAGAAGCAGAGAAUCAGCCUUGCCAGAGCCGUCUACUCCAAUAAGGACAUCUUCCUCCUCGACGAUCCGCUAUCCGCUGUCGACGCCCACGUGGGAAAACACAUUUUUGAAGAAUGCAUUAAGAAGGAGCUCCGGGGAAAAUCGAUCAUACUGGUUACACACCAGCUGCAGUAUCUGGAGUUCUGUGAUGACAUUUUGGUCAUGGAGGACGGCCAAGUGCUGGAGGCCGGAGAUCACCAGGACCUGAUCAAAGCCGAAGGACGCUACGCUCAGCUCAUCAGCAACUACCAGUUAGAACAGUCCAAAGCUCAGACAGAGGAGGAUGAGGCGUUAUCCCAAGACACCGCCCAGCUGAAGGAGGUUGAGCUAAAAGAUCCCACAGACAUCGGCAUAGUGAACCCAGCAUUUGACAUUUCAGAUGAAAAGAAUGAUCAAACGACAGCCGACCAAAUAUCUACUGUCAGUGAUCAGCUGGUCAGUCAGGAGGCCUCCACAGAAGGUGCCGUCUCCUGGAGAGUCUACCAGCAGUACUGCAAAGCAGCUGGAGGUUAUUUCAUCACCUUCCUCACCAUCUUGAACAUCGUCCUGAUGAUUGGAUCCACAGCCUUCAGCAACUGGUGGCUCAGCUUCUGGCUCGGGAAUGGUAAUGGGGUGAGAACCUUCUCUGUCUCCUUUGGUGUUGCCACUGCACUAUAUGGUGAUAUUUACAACUGCAUAAAAAAAAAUUUCUCUCUUUCUUUCCCCCAAAAGACCUCAAGCCAUGGUAACGUCACAGAAAACCCUGACCUGCACUUCUACCAAUUCAUUUAUGGCAUAAUGGCUGUCGUCAUGGUGAUACUUGCCGUCAUCAAAUGCUUCGUCUACACCGGGGUCACCUUGAAAGCCGCCUGCAGAUUCCACGACCGCAUGUUUAAGAAUAUUAUCGCCAGUCCCAUGAGUUUCUUCGACACGACGCCAACUGGCCGCAUUCUCAACCGUUUCUCCAAAGACCAAGAGGAGGUGGACAGUGUGCUCCCCCUCCACAUGGACCCUUUCUUGCAGUUUUGCCUGAUGGUCACCUGCACCAUCAUCAUCAUCUCGGCUGUCUUCCCCGCCAUGCUGAUCGCUGUGGUUGUUAUGGGAUCUUUGUUCACCCUCAUUCUCUUUAUAUUUCAGAGGAGUGUCCGUCAGAUGAAAAGGAUGGAGAACAUCAGUCGCUCUCCUUGCAUCUCCCUCACCACCUCUACGCUGCAGGGCCUCAGCACCAUCCAUGCAUACAACAUAAGAGACAGCCACAUAAAACUGUUCAAGUCGCUGAACGACAUCAACUCCAACCACUAUUUACUGUUUCACUCUGGCACACGUUGGCUCUCCUUCUGGCUGGACUUCAUGGCGUCGACCAUGACCUUGUUGGUGGCUCUGUUCGUAGUGCUCAGCGACGACUCAGUCAUCGACCCGGCUUCGAAAGGCCUGGCCAUGUCCUACACCAUACAGUUGACAGGCAUGCUUCAGUACGUAGUGAGGCAGUCGACGGAGGUGGAGGCGAGGUUCAACUCGGUGGAGCGACUGCAGGAAUACAUCCAGGAUUGUAAGUCUGAGGCUCCCAGACACAUCAAGGAGGCUCAAAUCCCAGAGGACUGGCCAAAGAGCGGCGCCAUCACCUUCCACGACUACAAGAUGAGGUACAGGGAGAACACACCCAUUGUCCUGAACGGGCUCAAUUUCGACAUCCAACCUGGAGAGAAGCUUGGCAUCGUGGGAAGGACCGGCUCUGGGAAGUCCUCUUUAGGCAUGGCUCUGUUCAGGAUGGUGGAGCCGGCAGGAGGAACCAUCAUGAUAGACGGGGUGGACAUUAUGGGCAUUGGUCUGCAGGAUCUGCGCAGCAAAUUGUCAAUCAUCCCCCAGGAUCCUGUGCUAUUUAUUGGCACUGUCAGGUACAACCUGGACCCAUUCAAUAACCACACUGAUCAGGACAUCUGGGUGGCACUGGACAAGACCUACAUGAAGGACUCAAUCUCCAGACUGGAGGGGAAACUACAGGCGCCCGUGCUGGAGAACGGCGAGAAUUUCUCUGUAGGAGAGAGACAACUGAUAUGUAUGGCGAGAGCGCUGCUCCGCAACUCAAAGAUCAUUCUUUUGGACGAGGCGACGGCAUCCAUCGACGCAGAGACGGACGCUUUGAUCCAGAACACCAUCAAAGAAGCCUUCCAGGAGUGCACCAUGCUCACCAUCGCCCAUCGUAUCAACACCGUGUUGUACGCAGAUCGUAUUCUGGUCAUGGACAAAGGAGAGGCUGUAGAGUUGGACAGUCCAGAUGUGCUGAAGCAAAGACCAGACUCUCUGUUCUCCUCACUCCUGACUGCUACCAACACCGUGAAGACCUGAACCUCAGAGGCCCUGCGACACCUCAGCACCAAUAAACAGC